AUGAUUACGGCUCCCUACAAAACCCCUCGAACCCUUCUGAUUUCUAUGGUCUGUAUGCUUGUGCUGCCGAUAUUUUCAUACUUCGCUGCUAAACAAAUCCUUGGAAAUACGUUUCACUUCACGGACAACUCGACGUACAUAUGGUCGGCCGUCAUUGCCGUUUUGGCAGUCCAUGCUGUCCUCAUAUGCGUAAUAUGGGCUGCCUACAAAGAGGAACAGAUAAAACAGAUAACGGACGAGAAAGUGGACUAG